AUGUUCAAGGCUCGCCAACAAGCCAAUCGCUCGCUACCGAGGUUUUUGCGUAGUUAUAGAAAUCUUCACUCUGACAUAGCCUUUGCAUUUGAUAUUGAUGGUGUUCUUUUAAGAAGUAAAGAGCCAAUUCCAGGUGCAUCAGAAGCUCUGAAAUUGUGCCAAGAAAAUAAGAUCCCAUUCAUUCUCUUGACGAAUGGAGGUGGGACACUAGAAAAUCAGCGAACUGCGUUUUUGUCCGACGCUUUGCGGGUUCCACUGUCACCCUCGCAAAUAAUCCAAAGUCACACUCCAUUCAAGACUUUGGUGCCAGAAUUUAAGAAAGUCUUGGCAGUGGGAUCUGAUUCUGUGAGAGAAGUGGCCGAAACUUAUGGUUUCGAAAGAGUGGUUCAUCCAAUGGAUAUAGUUCGCUAUGAACCUAGCAUUGCACCUUUUUCCGGGAUUUCCAAAGACGUGAGAAUGGAGAUUUCUCGAGAGAUUCCGGGCCUUGACAAAGAGCCGUUCGAGGCUAUUUUGGUGUUUAACGAUCCACGCGAUUGGGGCGCCGACAUCCAAAUUAUUUUGGAUAUUCUCAAUAGCGAAGGCGGGAUGCUUAAUACCGUGCGUCAAUCUAGCUCCGCUGCACCAUUAUCGAAGCCCUCCGUUCCAAUCUAUUUUUCCAACAAUGACUUGGUAUGGGCCAACCAAUACAGUUUGAACCGGAUCGGACAGGGCGCUUUCCGAACAGUGAUCGAAACAUUAUACUCCAGACUCAAUUCUGGAGCUGAAUUAGAGGAUACGAUCAUCGGUAAGCCCACUAAGGUCACAUACGACUUUGCUCAUCACGUCCUCAUAAAAUGGCGCGAAAAGCUUGCUAACGGUUCCAAAAACGAUAUCCCGCUGCCCAAGCUUGGUAUAUCGCCGGAAUCCUCUCCUUUUAGCAAAGUGUUCAUGGUUGGCGACAACCCGGCCAGUGACAUUAUUGGUGCACAUAAUUACGGAUGGUCUACUUGCUUGGUACGCUCUGGCGUUUACCGCAACGGUGAUCCACUACCGUGCGAUCCUACAUUGAUCGCUGACAAUGUACUUGAGGCAGUGAAGCGUGCCAUAGGCUAG